CCCGGCACUCCCCUGCAAAAACGUAAUCCCCUCCCCUUACUUCUCGAACCGACCCGAUCACGCACCAACAGCGCAAAAAUCGCCUCUGACUCUCUGAAAGAGAGCGUCUACUGCCUUUGCACCAAGUCAAGAUCUACAACAAGAAAUAAGACGCCAUGAAGGUCUACGCGCAAAUCCUGCUUUUCGCUCUGCUGGCAACCAGCCUCUGCGCGCUCCCUACGCCAGCUCCUGAUGGGACAACAGAAAGCUCGCUGUUGGCUCAAAGAGCUCCUUACAAGAUCAAGCCUGGCGACACGAUCAGUUACAACAAGAAAGGCAAGCCAAUCAUUCACCACACGAACUUUCGCCAUCUUGCCCCUCUGAAAAUUUGUACAGAAGCUUGCCCCGGAGACAUCAUACCACUGAAGAAACGUGGGCCACAUUGUAAGUCGCAACGUGACGCUUCUGACUUUAUGAGAUUCGUACAUGAUGGCCGAGUGCCUAGACAGCAAAAAGUGCACGUGGACCUUGCGCCUCACCAAGUGCCUUUUCCCUGCCCACAGUCGACGACUUCGCUUACUGCUGAUUGCAGUCUUCUUCGGCGCUCAACCAAAGGGUCUUUUCACCAGUCGGAACACAACGUUUCGACACGUCUCGUGGAGCUAGGAUCCAUCCUAGCCCUUCCCAGGCUAGUAAACGCCGUCAUCGUGCUCAUGCUUUCAGGCGGUGCGUCGCCUGCUUACUUGCAAGGCAAUCGAUGACAUUCUUCCGCUAAUUUGCGCGAGUGCUGUUGGAAUUAAGUACUCCUCGUGGAUUUGCCAUGACGUUUGACUGCGCUAGAGGUUGCCGUUGUUGAAAGUCGCGGAUGAUACGCCUGCAUUAGGCAAGUUUGGCAGAACUGGGCAUCACUGACUGUCUGAAACCCCGCCCGGAUGCUCCCAGGGCUUUGGAGGCUGUUUGAGGUGGGAUUCAGAAGGUGUGGCCCGGUUGAU